AUUUGGUUUGUUUAUUGGUGUGUUGGUAUUUGCCGAACGUGUAUGAAAUGAGUGAUAGGAAAAGUAAUAACAUUUAUAUUGAUACCGAACUAUUAAUAGCUGCAAUACACGAAGAAAAAUUAUUUAGGAUUUCUCUUGCGAGGAUUAUAAAAACAUUGAUAAGAAAUAUGCUGCUUUUGAACGUGUGGCUGAAAUAGUGAUUUGCAGAUUUUGGUAAUAUUUCUGAGCAAGGAUUCAGAUAGACAAAUGUGUGUCAAGUGAAUGCCACUGUGGGGUACCAAACUCCACAACUGAGGGUAGUCAGUGGUUGCAAACACGAACCCAACUCCUGCUCCCAAAGGUCCAUUGCAAAAGUCAAACGAAGGUCGUUGUAACGUGGGACCUAACAACUCCACAAAACAACACAUACUUCUAUUUAGAUUACGUGAACAAGGUCUCAUCAUAUCCACGAUAUGUGACCUCAAACACCUCACGUUGCAACUUCACGGUUCUUGAAAGUUUAGAGCCAGGAACAACGUAUGAACUAAUCUUGAGAAGCAUCACGAUAUGGCCAAACACAACCAAAACUCUAGGCAGCAGCAAGCCUUUGAUGGUCCAAACAUUAGAUUCACACAGGAAAGUUGAUCCUGUUAAGAAGUUCUACCUAGACUCACUUAACCUGUCAGAAAAUGCAUACGAUGCUGUAGUAAAAUGGGAUAAAGCAGAAGACAAAGCUUGCUACUACGACAUAGUGUCGUUCGAGGAAGACUAUAAUUAUUUUGAAAUAAGAAACGUGUGGGAUAACGAGGAGUUACGGAUACCAAAUUUAUCGUUUGGUAAAAAUUAUUCACUGAUUAUAAGAGCACUCUCGGAUAAGGAUGCAACUGAAAAUGAGAGCGAACCUACGGUGCUACGUUUUGUUGUACCAACAUGCCACGAAACAUUCAAACAUUCUGCUAUGUGUGUUCCUCACAAGCCAGAGAAUUUAACAGCAAUAGAUGCGUUGGUGGAUUAUAAUGAAGAAGAUAACUCUUCUCGCUACAAUAUUCAGCUGUAUUGGUCGAAACCUACAUAUCCACCAAAUUACUACCAAAUCAAACUAAUGUUCUACAACUCUACACACAAACCUAUUUUUCUUAAUGUCAGUGGGGAGAGCACCAAUGCGACGAUCGGAAACGUCAUAGUGACCUCAGAAGAAUUCAGCGUGCGCUAUUGGGUGUUCAUAACAGCCUACUCCUUCGCUGGAAAAAGUGCCACGUCAGCAAUCGAACGAAGCUUCAACGUGUCCUUCAUACCGGUUUCAGAUGGCAGCACUUGGAACGAUGUUGAGGUGAUAAUGAUUAUCGUAGGGCCUAUUUUAGCUAUUGGGCUCGUGGUCAUGCUGGCGGCGAAUUGGUACUUCGCCAAAAAGGUUGCUAAAGAAAAGAAACUAAAAUACUUCAAGGAACUAAAUGAGAAGAUUCCGCCAAGUAUUAUAACCGCAAUCGGUGGACUGUCGUCAAAUAACUCUAUACCUGCUGAUAACUGGGAAAUUAACCCCAGUCGAUUGAUUAUUAAGUCCAUCAUUGGCGAAGGAGCCUUUGGAUUAGUUAAAAAAGGCUACUACUUAGACAGCAAUGAAGAGAAGAUCGAGGUUGCUAUAAAAAUGAUGAAAGAACACCCAACGAUGGAUGAAAUGAAGCAAUUCUAUCAGGAAAUAGACAUAAUGAAGUCUGUACCCAAACAUCCUCAACUAGUCUCUCUUGUAGCAUGUGUGACCAGGGGCAGCAGUCCAUUGAUCGUGGUAGAAUAUUGCGCUAAGGGUGAUCUACAGACCUAUCUGAGAAAGGCUUGGGAUAAACUCUCGAAAAUAAAAAACGAAGAGUCGUUUGCACAAUCGUCGAAUCCACAGUAUGUGUCUAACGCUCUGUACGAUUUUUCGCAAAGUGACAUGACGGACAUACCACAGCCGAAAGAUUUGAUUUCUUUUGCUAGACAGAUUGUAUUAGGAAUGGAGUAUCUAGCAUCCCUAAAACUGAUACACAGAGACCUGGCAGCUAGGAAUGUUUUGAUAUGCGAGGACAAUAAAGUCAAGAUCUCCGAUUUCGGACUGAGUCGUGAUGUGUAUUAUGACAACGUUUACCGAAAAGUUACCGGAGGAAAAGUGCCAAUACGUUGGAUGGCACUGGAAUCUAUGACACAACAGAUAUACACUACCCAAAGUGACGUAUGGUCUUUCGGAAUACUAUUAUGGGAGAUAGUAACCAUGGGCAGUACGCCGUAUCCAGGGGUUCAGACUCAAGAACUGUUACCUUUACUCAGAAGCGGAUUCCGUAUGGAGAGACCAAUAAACUGCAGUGAGGAACUAUACGCAAUAAUGUGCAACUGUUGGAACGCCUCCCCACUGGACAGGCCAACGUUUGCAGAGCUACGUGUCAUCUUCGAUACGCUAUUAGAAAAGGUGUCAUGUUACCUCAACCUGGACAUCAGUGAUGUGAGCAUGACGCAACACCAUUGCUAUAGCAACACUUUCUCUGGACGUUACGUUAAACAGGGCAAGAUCGUAGAUGUAUAGUAGGUUUUACAACGAUGUGACACACUUAGAGACCGCCUUUCAAGUGUGCUGGAAUAGACUAUAUUUGCGCGCGUGCUUAUAGCAUCUAUAUCACUGUCAUUAGUGUACUUACUUGUAUUUUGUAAUAUUUGUUUAGUUAAAUAAUCUGUUGUCUUCUCCAAGCAGCUGAGAUUUUUUAAACCUUUACGAUUCAAGACCACUACUGGCAUGAAAAAUUUGUGACGUCAGAUUGUACAGGAACCAAUAAAGUAGGUAAAUGGCAACAUUGUAACUGUAUAUAUUUAGUUGAUAGGACUUGUAGAAUAAAAAGCAUAUUCAGUUGCCACAGGUCGAUUUUUUUAAUAAAUGUUUGAAAAGUGAUAUUUAUUGAAUUGUUUCAAAAUAGUUUCUUUUCAGUAAAAGAGGGUGCAAAAAAUUGCGCAAUAUAUUCUUUAUAAGGAAAACAGGAUUAAAUGGUAAACACGCACUAUGAUAAUCUCAUAUUCCGCACUUGUAAUACUCCAAAAACCCGUUGGUUCAAAUGCAGUGUUUUGGGUAUUGUUGAUCUAGGGUUGCCCACCUUCAGACUGCUGCAUAUAUUUCAUUUUGAAGCAAGCCUUUUCUGCGUGAUCUUGACUGACAUCUUAAUGAAAAAAUAUAUGUAAUAACAACUGGUGCAUUUUUUAAUGUCAUUGUAUUGAUCAAAUUGGUGUAUCUGAUGAUGUGAAAUGAUAUCGAACGUAGAGGUUACAGAGUACUUGAAAGAAUUCAUCAUCGUCGAAGUUUAUUGAAACAGAAAUAAGUUGAACUGGGAUUGUCUACCCCGCAGCCCGCCACAAAUGCCUUCAGUUUUAGUUUAAAUAAUUAUGUUUCAUGAUCUUGACUGGCAUAUGAAUCAAAAACACCUGUUAACAAUGGUACAGUGUAUCGUUACCGGCAUGGAGACGUUUUAGGGGUUUAUGGUCAAGAAUACUUACAGAUUACAGGGUACUUAAAAAUGUAUAUAUGUUACACGUCUAUAGCUAUCGCAGGGGGGGGGGGGGCGAUAGGAGGGGUAACUGGAAAGAAAACACUUGAUUCACAACAAGUUUUUUAAUGUGACUAUACCGCUAUACCAAUACAGUUUACCAAUGUAGCAGAUAUUUGUUGGUUGAUAUGCACCUCGAGAUUAUUCAAAAAACUGAAAAUAAAGACAUUUUCGCGGCUGCGGGUACCCAGCCUUAGCUAGUCAUUUCUCUAUUAACAAAAUGUCAUAAAGUGCAUUUGAACAUUCGGACUGUUGAGGUAUUAAAGUUAAGAUUGAUACCACGUAAAUCUUUUUGCAUCAGCUUAUCCAGGUGUCAAAAAAUUAAAAUCGCCCAAGGACAUUAUUUUAAACUGUAUCACCCUGUAUUUACAGUAUUUGAACGAAACAGUCGCUUUUGUGUGUUGGUCUAAUCAUAUUAGACGAAAAUACCCCUGGUUUGCGAAAUAAUUGUAGUCUGGUUUUACUGAUGCAAGUUUUUCAAGGGGGUAUUUAAAACAUGGGAGCAUAAAACGCGUACACCAAUUUUUGUGGGGAAAACAUUUUAUUCGAUAACAAAGAAUGAGAAAACGUGUUUUUUAGGAUUCAAUCGGAGGUGUUAGCAGGAAAGAAAACUCUUCAAAUGAGAUUUUUAGGUAUUUAUGAAACAAAAGACCCCAUUAAUAGUAAAAAGGUUAUGCCCGAAAACCGAGACAAAAUGCAGAUUUUGGCACUUGUUGCUAAUGCGACGAUAAUUUCACGCAGCUACUUGAAAUUCUUCAAUCCGAACGCUGCUUACUUCUAAAUAACCACAAUAAAAUUUUUACUACUAGUGGGAUCUUUUUACGUGUGGUCUCAUUCUGUAGGACUCAUAAAUCCUAAAAAUCUUAUUUGAAGGGUUUUCUUGUUCCUGCCAACACUUUCGAUUGAAUCCCAAAAAACACGUCUUCUCAUUCUUUGUUGUCGAAUAAAAAUUGGUGUAGCCAUUUUAUGCGUCCAUAUUUUGAAUACCCCCUUGAACAACUUGCAUCAAUAAAACCAACUUUACAAUUAUUUCAGGGAAAUUUGCUAAUAUGAUUAGACUUUAAGUGUUAUGUGAUUUAGGCCUAAGACCUAAUAUCACGUAAAUCUUUGUGCAUCAGCUUGUCCAGCUGACAAAAAAUUAAAAUCGCCCCAGGACAUUAUUUUAAACUGUAUCACCCUGUAUUUACAAUAUUUGUAUCCGCAAUGGUUUUUAUAAAUAGACCCGAAAUAAAUGCUUACAUUACUUGCGUUUUCUUAAUGUCUGCUUUUUUAUCAGGCGCCUUUUGUAGAUCUUAUUAGCGAAACAGCGCCAAAUAUAAUUUUUUUGACCACCAUCUUCAGAACUGAACGCAAUGUUUAUGUAAGUAAAAUUUUUUCGUUAGAUUGUAGCGCAGUUUUAUUAUGUAUAAUUAAUAAUAUCCGUGUUUUUAGUUGCAAACUUGACCUUCACGACAAUUUCAC